AUGAUGCCACCGUUGACCAAGAUCGAGGUGCUCGCGAAGCGAGUGAUGGAAGGUGCGCAACUCAAAACGCACAAGUACUUCCGAAUCGCUGUGCCUCACGCAAUCACCGGUCAACAGUUAAUAGCGUUGGUUCUAGAAAGAGGCGCCCCUGACGACGAAGCGGAAGCGAGUCACCUAGCGAGUCUACUCCUUCAUCAUGGCUACAUGUUUCCAGUCAUCGAGCAUGGUCAACCCUUUAAAGACGACGGAACCCUCUACAGGCUACAGAGGCCGUACUUUUGGCCGUCACAGGCUGAACUUGUGCCUGAUGUAGAAUACGCUAUAUACCUCAACAAACGAUUGCUGAGGAAUGAGCAGAAACACGGGUUAGAAGAAGAUGAGGUGGAAUCGUUCAACAGACUAGCGGAUGUUCUCGCACAUAUGUGGGCAUUCAUAGUUCAACAAUCGGAACUUCAGCUGAAACAGCAGAAGGAGAAGAAGAAAGUUGAUAAAGUUGUGUUCGAUUCGGAGGAACGAGCGUUUUGGAAAAUUCGAAAACCUAGUAGGGGUGGCCCGAACUUUCUGGAGGAUCCGUAUAUGAAGACUGAGAAGAAAAUACGACGGCAGAAUGCACAAGGCUAUCGAUGUUUGAUGGAUCGAUUACGAUUCGCGAUCAAAACGAAACCCUGGCUGAAAGCUUUGAAAGCUUCUGAUACAAUGGUGACCUGGGUAGAUCAACGAGCAGAAUUCGAUCCUUUCCUCCACCCUCCCCAACCCUCGAAUCCAUGGAUAAGUGAUGAAGCUUCCUACUGGAACCAACCGACUGAUACAUCAAGCGCCGAGAUUCCUACUGAAAAACGGGUAAAACGAUGGGGUCUGUCGGUUCAAGAACUCGUGAAAGAUCCUAUAGGACGACAAGUCCUCGAAACCUUCCUAGAAUCCGAGUUUUCUUCUGAAAAUAUACGAUUCUGGAUAGCGAUACAAGACAUAAAGUAUGCGCCGAACGAGCAAAUCUAUCAGAAGGCCGAACGGAUACGAGAAGAAUUUCUGGCUCAAGGAGCACCUGCACAAGUGAAUGUUGACUCGAGGACACUCGAUCAGACCCUGGAUUGUAUAUCGAAAGCGAAGGACGCGUCACAGAUGAGAUUCGCUUUUUAUCAUUCAGAAGAGCACGUCUUCACACUGAUGGCGAAGGAUUCGUAUCCGCGAUUCGUGAGGUCUCAGAUUUACAAAGCCGUGUUGACAGCCGCUCAGCAGCACGGAACGAAACGAUUGGGUUGGCGGAAUUUCGUCUUCAAUAUGGGUACUACUAAAAAACCAACUUCCAGUAAACCAGCAAAGGCAAGAUUUUCCAGGGUGAUUAUAUGUAUGAAAACUUUGAUUCUCUCUUCAGCCGCAAGAUUCAAUUGGAACGUGUCAAGCUCUACCGAAACAACUCUCUUCAGACUCGUUGCCAGUUCGGCAGGCUCAUGGAGUCAAAUAUUGGAAAUCGGGAAAAAUUCGGAACAAGUUAUUAUGAAGAUUGAAGAUCUAGGGAAAUUUGACUGA